ACGAUGACGGUGCGGAGGACGUCAGACCACUCCUGGACGUCAGGGCGCCAAUGACAGGCUGUGGUGCUGCCGGGGGCACCGGGUGCCGGGGGGAGAUGCUCGCAGACGACACGUCAGGAGGAUGUCUUUGGGCGGGGCCGGCGCCAGGCUUCUCGCAGGCCAUUGGUCGCCUGGCUGCUCGCUGCCUCGUGCGUCAGAGAUCGAAGCCCGGCCCAGCGACGGGCGAGUGGCUGCGUCACCAACGGAGCAGACGACAAGAAGUCACGUGAGUGUGUGCGCCUCCUGCACUGUCCCCUCCGCGCUCCUCCCUCCCAUGGCUCCGCCCCUCAGUCGGCACCAGAAGGGGUGGGCAGUGCGUGUGAUGGAGUAAAACACGGCUUUGCUACUGACACCCGGACAGUCGCCAGCCUCUCUCUCACUCCAUGGUUAUCGUCGUCAAGACAAGCCCAGCUGACGUUUCCGCCUCCACUGACGACCACGCACCCCACCUCGCUGUCCUCACAUCCUUCACUCCACCCGGCCACAGGAUGCCGAUGAAGACCUUGUGACAACGGGACUAGCAUCUGUAGGUGGUGAUGCUCACUUGAAAUACUUUUCUUCUCUUGAACUUGACGUCGCAGGUGUUGACACCACAGGUACGGUGACGACAGCAGCAACCUGGGUUUUUCCUGUUUCCGAGUGUCACAGCAGCACCGACGACGCAUACAGUCGAUAACAAUAGUCGGUGAUAACCGUUACAACUGCUUGGCGACACACUCACUGGUUCUGUGACGAGAGUUUGCGAGUGUCGCCUGAAGAAAUGACGUCACUGCUUGCCAAUGACGACGUUCGUACCACAUGACGUUGCAGCAGGUAUGGCGAUGUUCAAGCUGGCCACCCGUGUCUUCUGUCUCACCUGUUGGGAGGGGUUCCAUCUGAAAAGAGAGCAUUGCGAUCGUCGUGUGUGAUUCGUCGUUUCCCUCCACCAUCUCCUUGUCAUCGUCCACGUAGUCCUUUGUCACGGGUACAAUGUUCCCCAACGUGCUGGCCCCGUCUCCUAUCUAUCAGGGGGUGUUCCGAGGGGGGCAACUGCCGACUCUCUCAAGCUUCCCGCACCCUCACCCCCACCCUGUGCACCACACCUUACCGCCGUCGUCCACCUCCUUCUUGGUGGAGAACCUGCUCCGAGAGCAGAGGUCGUCGAUGCUGCACCGUCCCUCCCCCGCCACCCUGCCAGUCCUCGGGGUGGGCGCCAUCACCUCCUUCCCACGAGGUUCACCCAUCAGCCCCGAGCCUCCCAACACCUCAUCGUCGUCCUCGUCCUCAUCGCCUUCCUCCAGCACAAGGACGACGACUCCCUACCUCAAGUUCGGCGUCAACGCCAUCCUCGGCAACGACCAGCAAAAAACCACGUGCACGACAGCGUCCUCAAGUUUCGGGGUGCCUCCGCCUUCGUCACCAUGGCGCACACCCUCUCCUCCUCCGCCAGCUCUCUCUCCAAGACCUGCCACCCGGGUCCCACCCGGGUAUCAGCUGUGCCGGCUGCACCCCUCGCCACCCCGCGGUCUUCGAAAACCCCUUUCCAGCGAUGUUGAGACCACCCUACUUUUCUACAGACUUACAAACUUACAAACUGUUACAUACCACAGCGCUAGAGUAACACCUCAACUGUCUUUAUCUUCAUCUCACCGCCUGGCUGCAGCAGCCUCCCCUUUGCUGCCCCUGCCCAACCCCUUCACCUUCCUGUCCACCAUGAGGGGCAAGCCGCGCAGAGGGAUGUUGCGCAGGGCCGUCUUCUCGGAUGCGCAGAGGAAAGGUUUGGAGAAGAUGUUUCAGCGACAGAAGUACAUCAGCAAGCCCGACCGCAAGAAACUGGCGGCGAAGCUGGGUCUGAAGGACUCGCAGGUCAAAAUUUGGUUUCAAAAUAGGAGAAUGAAAUGGCGGAACUCUAAAGAACGCGAACUCUUGUCAAGCGGCGGAUCAAGAGAGGCAACUCUGCCUAACAAAGGCAACCCUAACCCUGACCUUAGUGAUGUCAAGGACAAAGAGGAGGUCAAGGAAGACAUGGAGGAGGAGGACGAGGAGAUGACGCAGCAGAAGUCGAAAGUAGAGUUGAGGGUCGUGGAGGAGGAGUGGUCUCCCGUUGCCAGCCCGGGCUCCAGCAGCGCGCCCUCCUCCCCCAUCAACCUGAUGCAGCAUCCCCAGCAACAGCAUCAACACCAGCUCCUGCACCUGCACCACCUGGACCAGCACCACCUGCUAGCCGCCAGCCCCAGUGACGUGGACUCAGACGAAGAGAUUACCGUAUCGUGAUUUAGUGACGUCACAGCUCUGCUACUUCCUGUCCGUGUUGUACCCUAGUGACGUACUCAUGCUGACGCUGUGCCGUAGUGAAGUGUCGUGCUAGCACUGUGCCCUAGUGACGUGCCACGCUGACGAUGUAUCCCAGUGACGUGCCACGAUGACGCUUUGCCCUAGUGACAUUCAUGCUGACGCUGUGCCCUGGUGACGUAUUCAUACUGAUGGUUUCACGUGCUUAAGACUUGAACUUUGAACCCACAAACGUUUGUUACGGGGAGACCUGGGUUCAUCGUGUGCAGGGCGAGUCCUGAAGUCUCGUGACCUGCUCCCCAAAACGAGAAAAAGCCUCGCAGUCACAUCUUCAACUCGCUCCCUCCGGUGGCUGUCAUUGCAGACUCAAGGUAUACCUCGGGGGCAAGUGGUGGCCGUCUGAACACGAGGCUGACUCUCAUGAACUCUGAAGGACUUGAGAGCGAGGGCGGCUGUGGACGCUGACUACAGUGGGGUUCGUUCACACUUGGACUUGGACACACAUCUCACAGCACCGUCUGGCACUGUAUCCCUCCGCGGACUUGUCCACCAGAGGGCACUACUUGCAGUGCCAGACACGGGCGAAGUACAGCUGACUGCAGGACAAGACAUUGGACAGUGUGGUUGUCAUCGCGUGUUUGAAGCAUAAACAUUGAGACAUGGUCACAGUGAAGGUGACACACGGACUUUCACUUGACCCUGCCCCAUGAACUCUAGCACCCGACUGUGUAAGCACCACGUGUACAGUGCCAGUGUAGCACGUGGCAGUAGACUCGUAGCAUCUCCUCCCUCGCCAAGUGAAGUGUGCAGGCUGCUCAUCGCCAGACGCCAGUUGGAAUCAUUGACAAUAAAAACUCGAUAAGUCGCAGAUGAGGACAGGUGGACAUCAGCUCCACACGAACUGAGGAACUGGAAUCAUUGGUCAGACAUCUGCCGCUGAUUAUUAUUAUUAUUAUUAUUAUUAUUUCAGAAAAAAUGUUUAUUUCCAGGCUGACAGACAGCGCUCUUCACAUUUUCUAGAAAAGUGCGCAUUUGUACGGUUGUUGUGUGUAUGUUUGUGUGUUUAUUUUCUGUGUGUGAGUGUUUGUGUGUGUUUGCGUGCUUUUGAUGUCCGGCUAGAGCCGAGCUUUGGGUAGCAGCUGUCAGCUUCCUGUCUGUAGAUAGAUCACGUGACAUGGAGGCGCGUGCUGUCCAACAUCUUGUUUAUCCUCAUCUCCUGCAAUGAAGGUUGAACAAAGGCCAAA